GUGCAUCACGAAUUUUACACUUUCCUACUUAUUUGAAGUUUCAGGGAAUGCAUUAAUCAUGUAAAGAGGUCUGGCAAACGACGCUAACCUGGAGCAAGAAAGUCAGAAUGAAUUGAACAAAACGUUUAUAUGUUGGUUUGGUCAGCCGGAAAGUUUUUGCGCAAACUCCGUCAAUGGCAGCACAACCAUUUACAACUGUACCAAUCUAUUGUACAUGCAUCCUACUCCUUUUGAAACAAACAAACUUGUUUGGCUCAACAACAGGUUCUGAGAUGAACAACACGUCAUCUACUGCGAAUUUUGAGCCAGGCCUCACAACUACAGGAAGACAAACAUCGCAAAUUGCUACUGCUGUCGCUUUUUCAACGUUUGUAUCACAAACACCAUCAUUGUCUUCAUCGCAUAAAGCAAACGCUUCCCUAAGUGUUGGAAGUUACAGUAACAAAGCGAGCACAGCAAUUAUGUCAACACUGUUGUCUUCCGCAAGCCACACAUUAAAGGCAGCGAAAAGUGUAUUUACGUCAAAUGCAGUAAAGCCAAAAUCAUCAACUUCUGCAGAACAUGCAGCCGACCCCACCACAAGUGGUGUUCAGUUCCCAAACGUAUCUACAAUGAAAAGGCUACCAUCGGACACUACGACAGCUGUUGUCUUAUUUUUUACAGUGACAUCAACUGAAAACCAUACAUCAGCUGCUACUACCUCAAAAAUUGCCCCAUCAACGACCGUAACACCAAAAACAUUAACUUCUGCAAGUCAAGCAUCAGAUGCUAUCACAACUGUCGUUCCAACCUCGGCAGUAACAACAAAAUCGGUAGCAUCUGUUAGUUUAACAAUACACACUACCACAAGUGUUGUUCUCUCAACGGAAGAAACAUCAAAAUCAUCAAAGUCUACUAAUCUGGAAUCAGAUUCUACCGCAAGUUAUGUUCCCUCCAAAACACUUACAUCAAAACCGUCAAAGUCUGCUAUUGAGGCAUCGGAUGUUUCUUCAAGUGUAUUUUUAUCCACAGCAGGAACAUCAGAAUCAUCAACUUCUGUAAUUUCUACAUCAGACAGUGCUACAAGUGGAUUGUCCUUGGAAUUGACCUCAAAUUUACCACUUUCUUCAACACAGACUUCAAUUGGCACUAAAAAUGUAGUUUCCUCCGAAGUAAUCAGACCGGGAUUAUCAUACUCUGUAGUUCAAACAUCACACGCUACUAAAAGUGCUACUCCAUCUUCGGAAAAAACAUCAACUCCCGUAAAUCAAACAAUACGCACUUCUGCAAGAGUUGUUCCAUCAAAAUCGGAUUUUACUACAAUUAAUGUUCCCUCUAAAGUAUUAACAUUGAAAGCGCUUCUUUCUGCAAGUCAGACAUCAGAUCGUUCUCCCAGCGUUGUUUUAACCACAGCUUCUGAAGUUCGCGCAACAGACCCCACUGAAACUGUUGCUCCAUCAACGCCAAACUCAUCAACUUCUGCAAGUCAGGCAUCAAGCAUAACUUCCUCUGAAUUGUCAACUAUCCUAAGUUAUACACCAAGUGCAGCCACAAGUGUUGCAAUACCAGCAAGAGUAACACCAUUAACCUUUUUGAGCCGGUCAUUGGUUUCUGCUACAGGUGUCAUUCCAUCGAUGACAACAAAAUCAGAAUUAUUAACUUCUGCAAGUCAGGAAAUAGGUUCAACUACAAGUUCUAUUCCUGCCACAUCAACAACAACAAAAUCGUCAAGUUUUGAAAGUCAUGUAUCAGAUGCUUCUACAAGCCUUCUAUUAUUCACAGUAAGAACAUCUGAGUCAUUAACUUCUACAAGUCAUACAUCAAACAAUACUAUAAGCGCUGUUUCAUCAAAGGAAAUGACAAGACUAUUCACUUCUGCGACUCAGACCCCCAGUGGCACCACGAAUGUUAUUCCAAAGAAAGCGGAGUUUUCAACCCCUUCAGUUCAGGCACCAGACGCUACCGACAGCGGUGCUUCAUAUACGGCAAACUCAUUAACCUUUGCGAGUCAGGCAUCUAACACUGUUAUAUCUUUUUAUCCAUUUACUGCGGUAAACUUCGAAUCGCCAACACCUGCGAGUCAUACACCAACGAAUUCAGCGAAUGCUGGUCCAUCAACGCCUAAAACGUCAAAAUCAUCAUCGUAUGCAAGUCAUGCACCAUUCACUACCUCGAGUAUUCGUUCAUUAACGGCAGUAACAUCAAAAUCAUCAACACCUGGAAGUAAAGAAUCAGACACUAUUACACAUGUUGUUCCAUCCACGGCAGUCACAGCAAAAGUAUUAGCUCUUGCCUCUGAGGAAUCAGAUGAAGUCACAACUGUUGUUCCAUACACUGUAGUAACAUCCAAAUCGUUAACUUUAGGGUCUUCGAAACAGGAAUCAGACACUACUACACGAAUAGUUCCUUCUGAAGCAUUAACAUUAAAAGCGCCAACUUCUGCAAGUCAAUCAUCAGAUGUUUCUUUGAGCGUUGUUUUGACCACAGAGGGAACAUCUACACGAUCAACUUCUACUAUUAAUUCAAUAGAGAGUACAAGAAGCGUUGUUUUAUCUAUGGAAGGGACAUCAAAAUUAUCUCUUUCCACAUUUCAGACUUUAAAGGGCACCACAUAUGUAAAUUCAUCCACAGUACUGAAACCAGAAUUUCAAACUUCGAAAGUUCCCGCAUCAGACUCUACUGAAAGUGUUGCUCCGUCAACACCAAACUUAUCAACUUCUUCAAGUCAGGCAUCGAGUGCUACUUCAACUUUUCCUCAAAUCACCGCGAUAACCUUUGAAUUGUCAGCUAUCCUAAGUUAUAUACCAGGCGUUACCACAAGUGUUGCAGUGCCAGCGACAGUCACAGCUUUGACCUUUUUGAGCCGGUCACUGGUCACUGCUACGGGUGUCAUUCCAUCUAUAACAACAAAAUCAGAAUCAUUAACUUCUGGAAGUCAGGAGCCAGGUUCAGCUACAAGUUCUAUUCCUUCCAUAUUAACAACAUCAAAAUCGUCAAGUUUUGAAAGUCAUGUAUCAGAUGCUUCUACAAGCCCUCUAUUAUCCACAGUAAGAACAUCUGAGUCAUUAACUUCUACAAGUCAUAUAUCAAACUAUACUACAAGUUCUGUUUCACCAAAGGAAAUGACAAGACUCUUCACUUUUGCAGCUCAGACCCCCAAUAGCACCACGUAUGUUAUUCCAACGAUAGCCAAGUUUUCAACCCCUUCAGUUCAGGCACCAGACGCUACCGACAGCGUUGCUUCAUUUACGGCAAACUCAUCAACCUUUGGGAGUCAGGCAUCUAACACUGUUACAUCUUUUUAUCCAUUUACUGAGGUAAACUUCGUAAUGCCAACACUUGCGAGUCAUACACCAACCACUUUAGCGGGUGCUGGUCCAUCAACGCCUAAAACGUCAAAACCAUCAUCGUAUGCAAGUCAUACACCAUUCACUACUUCGAGUAUUCGUUCAUUAACGGCAGUAACAUCAAAAUCAUCAACACCUGGAAGUAAAGAAUCAGACACUAUUACACAUGUUGUUCCAUCCACGGCAGUUACACCAAAAGUAUCCGCUCUUGCUUCUCAGGAAUCAGAUGCUGUUGCAACUGUUCUUCCAUACACUGUAGUAGCAUCCAAAUCGUUAACUUUAGGUCAAGCAUACACCAUUACCACAUUCGGCAUACCUAUGACAGAACAAUCAAAAUUGUUAGGGUCUUCGAAACAGGAAUCAGACACUACUUCAAGAAUAGCUUCCUCUAAAGCAUUAACAUUAAAAGCGCCAAAAUUCUGCAGUCAAUCAUCAAAUGUUUCUUGGAGCGUUGUUUUAACCACAGAAGGAACAUCUACACAAUCGACUCCUGCUAUUAAUUCACUAGAAAGUACUAAAAGUGUUGUUUUAUCGUUGGAAGGGACAUCAGAAUUAUCUCUUUUCGCAUUUCAGACUUUAAAAGGAACCACAUAUGUUAAUUCAUCCACGGUUAUGAAACCAGAAUCUCAAACUUCUGAAGUUCGCGUAUCAGACUCUACUGAAAGUGUUGCACCAUCAACGCCAAAAUCAUCAACAUCUUCAAGUCGGACAUCAAGUGCUACUUCAACUUUUCGUCAAAUCACCUCGAUAACCUCUGAAUUGUCAACUAUGCUGAGUUAUUCACCAGGCGCAACCACAAUUGUUGCAAUAUCAGCGACAGUAACACCAUUAACCUUUCUGAGCCGGUCAUUGAUCUCUGCUACGGGUGUCAUUCUAUCUACAACAACAAAAUCAGAAUCAUUAACCUCUGCAAUUCAGGAGCUAGGUUCAACUACAAGUUCUAUUCCUUCCAUAUCAAGAAUAUCAGAAUCGUCAAGUUCUGAAAGUCGUACAUCAGACGCUUCUACAAGCCUUCUAUUAUCCGCAGUAACAACAUCUGAGUCAUUAACUUCUACAAGUCAUAUAUCAGACGAUACUACAAGGGCUGUUUCAUCGAAGAAAAUGACAAGACUUUUCAUUUCUGCAACUCAGACCUCCAAUGGCACAACAUAUGUUAUUCCAACGAAAGCGGAGUUUUCAACCCCUUCAGUUCAGGCACCAGACGCUACCGACAGCAGUGCUUCAUUUACGGCAAACUCGUCAGCCUCUACAAGUCAGGCAUCUUACACUACUACAUUUUUUGUCCCAUUCACUGCGGUAAACUUUGAAUCUCCAACAUCUUCGAGUCAUACACCAACGACUUCAGUGAGUGCUGGUCCAUUAACGCCUAAAACAUCAAAAUCAUCAUCGUAUGCAAGUCAUGCACCAUUUACUACUUCGAGUAUUCGUUCAUUAACGGCAGUAACAUCAAAAUCAUCAACAUCUGGAAGUGAAGAAUCAGACGCUGCUACCAGUGUUACUCUAUCCACAACAGAUACAUUAGAAUCAUCAGCUUUUUCAAGUCGGAAAUUAGGUGCUAUUGCACUUGUUGUUUCAUCCACGGGAGUUACACCAAAAAAAUCAGCUUUUGCCACUCAGGAAUCAGAUGAAAUCACAGCUGUUGUUCCAUACACUGUUGUGACAACAAAAUCGUUACCUUCGGGUCAAGCGUACACCACUGCCACAAUUGGUAUACCCAUGGCAAAAGAAUCAAAAUUAUCACGGUCUUCGAAACAGGAAUCAGACACUACUAUAAGCGUAGUUCCCUCCAAAGCAGAAACAUCAAAAGCGUCAACUGUUGUACCAUCUAUGGUAGUAACUCCUAAAAUAUCAGUUAUUGCAAGUCAGGCAUCAGAUGCUUCUAAAAUUGUCGUUUUAUCCACAAGAGGAACAUUAGAAUCACUAAUUUCUGCAGGUCUUACACCAGACCCCACUUCAAGCGUUGUUUUAUCCACGACAGUGAUUUUUAAAUCCUCACUUUCUGCAAGGCAGUUAUCAGACGCAAGGACAAGUCUUUUUACAUUUAGAGUAGCAACAUCAAAAUCGUCAAAUGCUGCAAGUCAGGAAUCGGAUGCAACUUCAAGCGUUUUUCUGUCCAUGGCGGUUGCACCGAUAUCAUCAAGUUCUGUGAGUCAGGCAUCAGUCACUAAUAAAAGCGUUUCUCCUUUCAAGGCAGGAACAUCAGAAUCAUCAAAUCCUGCAAAUCACACUCCAGAAACCACUGCAAAUAUUCUCCCACCUACAGUAGCAACAUCUAAAUCAACAACUUCUGUGAGUCAAACGUCAGACGUCGCCAACAGUGUUACUCCUUCAUUGACAGUGACAUUAAACUCAUCGCCUUCUGUGAGUCAGGCAAUAGAAAUUGCUACAAGCUUUGUUCCGGCUGUAGCUGCAACAACUAUCUUGAUAAGAUCAAGUCAGGCAUUGGGUGUUGCCACGAGUUUUGACUUAUACACAGCAGCAACAGCAAAGUCACCAAGCCUUGCAAUUCAGGCAUCAGACACACCUGACGCAAGCGUUUUAACAUUUAUGGCAGUUACGCUGAAAUCAACAACAUCUGCAGGUCAGGUAACUGAGGCAACUACAAGAGUCUUUUCAUCCGUAGUUGUAACUGUAGAUUCAUUACAUUCUACGGGUAAGGAAUCAGAUGCUACAACAAGUGUGAAUGCAUGUAUGGCAUUAUCACUAAUAUCAUCAAGGUCUGAAAGUCAGGCAACAUAUACUACAACAGGUUUUGAUUCUUCCAGAGCAGUGACAUCAAAAGUGUCAAGUUCUGCAAGUCAAACAACAGAUAAAACAACAGAUUCUUCCCCAUCUAUUGCUGUAACAUCUAAGCCAUUAGGUUCUGCGCGUCAGGAACCAGACGCCAAAAGUACAAGCGUUGUUGCAUUCAUAGCAGUAACAACUAAAUUUUCAACAUCCGUAAUUCAAGCAACACGUGUCGAUCCAUCUAUUUCACAGUCAUUACGGUCUGCAGGUCGGGCAUCAGAAGCUACAUUAAGCGUUUUUCCGUCCAUGGCAGUAGCGCUAACAACAACGAGUUCUGUAACUAAGACAUUAGACGCUGUCAAGAGUGUUGCCUCAUCUGUAAAAGUGAUACCAGAAUCAUCAUAUCCUGCAAGUCAUACACCAGGUACUUCUCCAAGAGGUGGCCUCUUCUCAACCACUUUUGAAUCUUAUAUACCAGAGGCUACCACGAGUUUCCCUCAUUUCACGUCGAUAGCAAUAAAAUUAUCAAUUUCUGUAGGACAAGCACCGGAUUCCUAUGCUGGUGAUGCUCCUUCAACAACGACAGCAUCAAUUUCGUCAAUGGUUAGAGGUCAAACACUGGACACUGCGGGAGUAACUUCUACAUCUUUAAGCUCUGCUAGUCAAAAAUCUGACGAAACUUCGAGAAGUGUUUCGUCUAUGGUAGUAAGAACAACAUCAAUUACUUUUGUUAGCCAAAAAUCUGAUGCUACUGGAAAUGUUGCUGCAUUCACGGCAGUACCAUCACCUCCAUCAUAUUCUGUAAGCCAAGCAUCGCAUGCAACUACAAUUGUUGCGCCAACAGUAGAAGUAACAUCAGUGCUAUCACCAUCUUCAAGUCUUGCAAUUGACGAUUCCAAAACAAUGAGAAUAGUAACAUUAGAACCAUCAACAUCUUUGAUUCCUGUUCUUUCUGCCGCAACGAGUGAUUCAGAAGAAACACAACCAUCAUCGACUACUGUUAGUAUCGCAGAAGGCGCUACAUUGCCAGCUCCGUGUUCUGAAGGAGGCGAGUGUACCGGAAUUGACAGAUGUAUAUCAAACCCAUGUCAGAAUGAUGGAACUUGUAAACAACAAGGCCAAUCUUAUUUCUGUGAAUGUACGGAGGAGUAUGAAGGGAGAGUAUGUGAAAGCGGUAGAGUGGAUACCAAAAGGUAUAGAGUGACAGCGACAGCGAGAAUACAGGGGCAAUACAAGUCACCCUACAGUAAUCUUGGUUCAUCCGAGUCCCAAGCCUUUAUCAAGAACUUUACGGAAAGAGUGGGUCGUUUCUUGAAGGAGAAACUUCAAGGAUAUCGAGGAAUUGAAGUCACCAGGUUAUUAAACGGUUCUGUUGUGGUCAAUUUUAUCAUUUUAACAGAACGCAACUCCGAUGCCAACGUGAAAACCAUAGAGCUCGCUCUAAUGGAGGGAAAUAGCACUGGUAAGCUUGGAGUCGUGUUGGUAGGAAACAUCAUUUUAGAGGAGAUUGUAGAUGCCUCCAACACAAAUAGCCCAACUACCAGCCCUAAAGACAAAGGACUUAAAAAGUGGAUGAUUGUAGUAUUUGUAAAUGGAAGCAUUGUAUUACUGUUUUUGCUGAUAAUUGUCAUCCGUUCGUUGAAUUGUAGGCGCGAUAAAGUACCAGAGAAUGACUUCAUUACGACGAACGGCGAUCAGAAAAGUGGUAGCACUGUAACAAAGCCUGCCAGCGAGAUUUUGACACAGAGACGCUGGCACAAGUUUCCGAGUAAAUGUGACAACUGCGAUAUUGAACUGACGGAUAUAACGGUGAAAUUGUGAAGACAGCUGGAGAGGUCAUGGGACUCAGACUCUGCUCACUCAUAGAUCAUGAAGGAGAGUCCCCAGGAAAGGCCUAACCUUAGAUAAAACUAGAUAAAGUCUUUGGUCCCAAGACGGAUACGAGAAAACAAACCAAAGUAAAGUGGUUGUUACUGAGUGCCAUGAAAACUUAGCUAGUUACAGUAUUAAAAGUAUGAAAGAGUUCUUUAAAGGGAGGUAACGGCUUUUAAAAAGACAUGAAACGCCUUAGUGUAGGUUCUCAAUUUUAAUCAACCUUUGACUGACUUGGAAACAUAGCAAACGUCAUAAAGUCAGAACCGCUAUUAGUUGGAUAUGGUUAUGGCUCUUUUAAGGUGAAUCCUUGGGAGGUAAUCCCAGUUUUUUGCACUAAAUUUUUACGAAGCUGUUGGUAAAUUUAGAGGCUUCUUCCAGUAAAGGAAAUGGUACAUUUUAGAGGUCCUAUUCCAUAUUAAUAGGGCCUUUCGAUCCCCUCAACGUUCGUACUUUCAGCCCCAAUAAUAUCUGUAAUUGCGUGUUGAUCCUCGAAUCAACAACGCGAU